UGCAUGCUGGGUAAUGUGUCUUCCAAGAUGGCGGCUUUCGGUGUCAGAAAUGUUCGCACGUUGCGAACUUUUUCUUUUUUAUUACCAAAACGACAGACUUUUCUCMAAAAUCACUUGAACGAGGAGUUUUUAAAAGGUUCUAGGUGURUUGUUGUGUUCUCAGAGCGGUCAUUUUCGUCGUCGCCUUCAUGCAAAAGCCAAGAUUCGGGAGAUGGUUUGAAUUCGAAGGCAGACACUUUGGAGGUGAAGAAGACUUUUGAUUUAAGUUUCGCGGAAUAUCAGAAGUUGAAGAGGAAAAUAAGGUCAAGGCAGAGAAUUGCUGGYCUUCCUAUUGCAGCUGUGGCUUUGGUAACGUCGUCAGCUGUUAGUGCUUAUCUGAACCCUAAUAUGUUUGAUGCCCCACCGGAUCAGAUCCAACCAAUUAUGGGAAUGGAUCCUCUGAUUUUCUGUGGUUUAUGUGGAGUUGCCAGUGCAGGUGUUGGCUAUGUUGUAGGAUCAGCUCUCUUUGGUUCGUUAUGGAGACUGUUUAAUAAGGAUGUAUCAAGUAAAAUGGAACAGCGAGAGGCYGAUUUUUUAAAAAGAAUUUCAGCAAAGCGAGCAGCAAGUUUCAGCAAAUUUGAAGACGAUUACUAUGGCGAGAGUAUCAAAACUCUGAGUGACUACAGACAGUGGCUCAGAGAACAAGAAAAGAAGAAAAAAGCUGCCGAAAGCUUUGAAAAGAAAUCUGAAGACAAACAAGGACAAGAACAAACUGCCGAGGCAUAAAGAAAUUAGAAAUGUUUGUCAAUUAGGAUGCAAUGUGCCUUGAACUAAUGUGAUAAUGUGUAAAUAAUGGCACUUGUAUUGCAGGAAAUGAUAAAUAAAGAAGUUUCUUUGCAGGGUUACAGCA